ACAUCCGACCGUCAUGAAAAGGUGAUGAAAAGUGAGGUUGUGUAUUUAUCGAGGGGGUUUAACGCCCGACAACCUUUUCCACACGACUUUAUACAUAUUUAACAAUUAUAUUAACUAGCAAACUUUGAAAAGCGGAAUGGAGGCGGAAACAGACGCCACAGAAAAAAUAGAUUCUUUUAUAAUCAAAGCCACCAACGCCCCGCGCGACUUUUUCGAAAACCGCGAUGUCGCCAAACGCUACUUCCGCCGGUUCGGCAAAGUCAAGCUAGUCAUGUUCAAGCCGAAGAAAAACGCUCUCCUCGUCGAAUACGCCAACGAAGACAGCAUGCUGAACGCCCUCGAAGUGGCAGGAGAGUACAACGGUCAGUUUUUCAACGUGACGCGCGACACCCAAAUCAUCCCGAAGAAAAAAAAGGGCAAGAAAAACCCCGACCCCGACUGGACCGACGACCCUGAAGUGCGCUCGGAACUGGAGGCUAUGGGGGCCUUCGGGCCGCAGCGGGCGUACGAGCUGCGAUCAGAAGCAAUGAACGUGGACUCUCCAGGCAAGCAGCGGCGCUGGAAGGGGGCUACGGGGUCGCCGAAGCCGAUCAAGAAAAAGGGGAAAGAAUCUAUUAGUGGCGAGCAAUCCGACCUCGCACAAAUCAUCAAACAGCAAGCCUUCACGGCCGAAGAAAAGUACAGGAUUUUAGACGCUAGGGAUAAACUAAUUAGGAUUAGGUUGAAGAAAAAUAUUGAGUUGUCGAAAGCGAGGGCAACGGUGGGUACUUGUCCGGAUAUGUGUCCUGAGAAGGAACGUUUAAUGCGGGAAACACAACACCAGGUGGCACUCUACGAACAGGAAGAAGGUGGCAAAGGCAUGAACGCGAAGUUGGCUGUGAAACAGUAUUCAAGAAGUUCGGCGGAUCAGGAAGCCCCACUUCCGCAGGAAUUAAGACCUGUGGGGGUUCUACAAAUGACAAUGGGGUAUUUAAUGCAUAGGAUAUUGGGGCUGUGUGAAACGUCGGAUGUUAAUAUAGCUGAGUGGUACCAUUUCCUGUGGGAUCGAACAAGAGGGAUCAGGAAAGAUAUAACCCAACAAGAGUUGUGUUGUCAGGGUUCCGUCGAGUUGGUAGAACAGUGUGCACGCUUUCAUAUUUUUUGUUCCGCGAGGUUGGUAGCAGAGGAUCCGUCAGUUUUCGACCAAAAAAUUAACACCGAAAAUUUAACCAAGUGUUUACAAACGUUGAAGUACAUGUACCACGAUUUGCAACUGAAGGGGGAGUCUUGCAAGGACGAGCCUGAGUUCAGGGCCUAUAUUAUUUUGUUAAAUUUGAACGACGGCAACUUCAUGUGGGAGGUCCAACAACUCAAACAAACCAUCCAACAAUCCCGAGAGGUGAAAUUCGCCCUCGCCGUCUACUCCUCCCUCGAUAAACAAAACUACGUGAAAUUCUUCAAACUCGUCAACUCCACGACGUUCCUCAACGCCUGCAUCCUCAUGCGCUACUUCACCCAAGUCCGAAUCUCCGCCCUCAAAACCCUCCUCAAGUCCUACUCCCCUCGCGUCUCCCAGUCCUCCCUCCCCAUCCAACACCUCACCAAAAUCCUCGGUUUCGAGGGUCCCGAAUCCACCAUAGACUUCUGCGAAAGCUACGGCCUCUACACUAACGUCGAACGCAGCCGAAUCAUCCUCGACAAAUCCGGCUUCGCCCCUCCCGAAUACCCCUACAUCCUCGACCGUGCCAUCAACCUCGUCGAAUCAAAACGCCAGCAAUCAGUCGGGGAGGUGGUCUGCGGCAGACACCUCCCUCCCAAAAACUACGAAACCCACACCCCCCAGGACAGCUUCGACAACGACGGCUACUUAAAACACGCCCUCGACUUCGACGAAGUCGAUCGAAAAGACGAACCAAUGAAAAUUGACGAACCGGAGCCAAAACCCGAAACCCCACCCCCCGAAGCCGUGUUCGCACCAAUCAAACCCGUCGAACGUAAAGAAGAAGACAAGCCACGCCUCGUCGUCGCCAGCCAGAUUUUCGCGCCAAUCGCCAUCGUGGAGAAGAAAUUAGACCCGCCUCCGGUGUCCCCUCCAGCCGUCAAGAGCAUUUUCGCGCAGACGGGCGGGCUGUUCGUGCCCACGACGUCGCUGUGGGCGCAGCCCACCGCCGCCGUUUUCGGCGACGCCCCCAAGAGCAUUUUCGGCGGGGAGGUGGCGAAAGCCGACGAGGAGCGACUCGAGGCGGAGCGCAAGAAGGCGGAGCGUGCGAAAGAGGAGGAGCGAAGGCGCAGAGAAGAGGAGGAAGAGGAGGAGGAGCGGCGACGCGUGGAAGAAGAGCGACGCAUCGCGGAAAUGCGGAAAAAGCUGAUUGAAGAGCAGCAAAAAAGGCGGGAGCAAGAAAGGCGCAAAAACGUUGAAAUUAAGGCGGCGGUUUGUAACGUCGUCAGUGAUUUGCUGGACGCGGUGGAGGAGAACAUCCGAGAGGAGAAGCUAGCGCAAAUCGCGCGACGGAUGCAUGACAGGAAAGUCAGGAGUGUGGUUGCGAAGUGGCGGGAGAGCACGAGGAGGCGGCGCAAGAGGAAGGCGCUGGAUUUCGAGCCGGGGUGGUUCGGGGCGCGGUCGGUGAAAGAGGAGGCGGAGGAGUUGAGGAUGAGCGGGCAGAGUUUGACGUUGCAGAGCAUGAAGAGGUACAAAAGAGGGCGACCGCUGGAGGUGCCAGUGAGUGACGUUGGAGAACUGUCUAAGAUCGACUUGUGCGAACUCACGCAUAAGCUUCUCCGGAAGAAAUUCCUAGAGGUGGAUAUGAAGAUCCACAGGGAGUUGUUCUGGAAGGUGACGGUGUCGCUGCCGCACGAGGUGGAGUACGGGUGCGGCUUGAACCACGUCGAGAAAGUCCUGGAUAGCUACAUCAAGUGGGAAAAAAGAGGACUUACUACGGUCGUCGUAGAACAAUCCAAGUCCCUUCCGACCAUCACCUACUGCUUGGAAAAACAAAAAGGGCUCAUCGUGAACACUAGGAACGACACGAACGGGUUCAUCUUCAUCGCGGACGACUUCAACGAAGACCUCUGCGAACGCAUCAUCCAAAACUUCAAAACCUAUGGAGUUUUCGUGAAAAUCCCCAUAGCACUAGUGCUCCAAAAAUACACCGAAGAAAAAUCCAACCUCAAGACUCUAAUAUCCGAGGGGAUCAUCUCCGACUAUUUGAUACUAGUCGACAAAUUCACUUCCAAGAAUCUCAUCAACUUAAUAGAGGAAGGUUUGAUUUUCCUCUCGACGCGGACCGAAAAAUCGCCGCCUUUGGAACUCGACACGUUGAAAUCUUUUCUGGCGAAGUACCUCUGUAACAACUUGUGGAAACGUGCAAACAGUUUCUCUAAAUGGAACUCCAACUACAAGACAUGUCUCAAGAGCCCCAACACGGUGAUUUAUCUUCAUAAUGAGGCUCUAGGUCGACUGAAGAAAAUCCUCCUGGACGAGAAACGACACGAAUACGCGAAAUUCCCCGACAUCUUCAAAGACUUUCUGCGCAGUCAAAUCCCGGACUCGCUUCCGUGCGACUACAAGUAUUUCCCGACGUUUUGGGAGCACCCGUCGUACGCGAAACACCUCGAGGGGGUUCUGGAUGCCCUAAAGUUGCCCAAUUUUUUGGAAAACUGGCCGCCACUGGAUCCGCUCCAGCUGGAGAUUUCCAUAUCGAAGUACUGUGCGACGGUUGUAGCAGACACCCACAAGUGUUUCUACCGGACUAUGAGUGUGUUAUUGAAGGACGUCGACCCAAGUAUUAAUUUUAAAAAUGUGGGUAACGUCGUGUGGACCGAGGUUAUCGAAUUAUUAGCUUUGGAAAAGUUAGAACAGACCGAUUUUUCCUUGUAUGGUACAGGUUUUGUGAACAAGUCCGUGUAUAACCAGCUAGUAGCGGUGUACGAUGUUAAUUUAUUAAACGAGUACGUGCGGAGUGACUGGUUCUACGUCAACAAUCCGGUUGUAAAGCAGAAGAUUCUGCAGUUGUUGGAGGAAGAAAAGGUGGAGGUUGGUAUCGAUUCCUGCGAAAGUGACGAGAUCGACUUGGAUGCGGUUCUGGACAAAAUUCGACAACCUCGCGACUUGAAUGUGGGCAAAAUUAAGAGCGAUAUAAGUUCGUGUAAGAAACUUCUGACUGAUUUGGAAGACAGCGUGGUCAUACAUAGGAAAAUCCUGGAUAAGUCGAGACACUUCUUGAAGACGAUCAUGGAGGAAGGUUAGUGUGUCUUUGGUGUAAAUUUUUCUUCGCGGUUUUAAUAUUGAAACGCUGGUUGUAUAUGUUUUUAUGAUACGAGUUGGCGCUGUAAUUUAUAUUUGGUACAUUUUUUAAAAAAACGUCAAUUUUGUUGACCCUUUGGUGUUAAAAACAGUAGCGUUUACGGAAUUUCAAAACUCGAUUUGUCGUAGAUGCUUCAAAUUUUACUUAAAAAAAGUGUCGUCAAGGGCAAUAAAACAUC